GUCACAGGUUACUUGUGUUUUAAUGUCAGACGUCAGUAGGUAAAUUGUAGUCACUGUGCAACGUACAAUGAGUUAAAAUUUAAAUAAAAUAUAUUUUUUCCAUAUAAAAAUAACAUAAAAAUAGUGAACAAAAUGCCUCUCAUGCGGUCGGCGAGUUAUAAUUUAUUCAUGGAGAUCUCACUGCGAAUCAUACUCCUCUCAGUUUUCUGUUACAUGGAGUCAAUGAGUCCCUUCAUCCGCAUCAUUCAGCCUUUUGAGUUGGAGAACAACUGUAAAUAUCCUCGUCACGAUAGCUACGUGCCCAGCGGGAUGUUGUGGUCGAUAGUCCUGUCCGUGCCCUGUAUACUCUCCUUCAUAGCGUGGGCGGUUUGUAACGACUGCAACGAUGCUUUGGAGUUUCUGCUCGCGUGGUCUCUCUCCCUGGGUAUAACGGGGGUCACAACAGACACAGUCAAACUGAUAGUCGGUCGCCCUCGCCCCGACUUCUUCUAUCGCUGCUUCCCGGACGGAGUGCCCACAGCCGACCUCCACUGUACAGGGGACCCAGCUGAUGUGAUGGAGGGGAGGAAAUCCUUCCCCAGCGGACACAGCAGCAUGUCGUUCUGCUCGCUGGGCAUCGCGUCACUGUGGGCGUGCGGUCGCCUGUGUACCGUGUCCCGGAGACGCGGGGAGGGCGGCCGGGUUAUACUCACCCUGGCACCGCUCAUGCUGGCCGGGUGUAUAGCGCUGUCUAGGACGUGUGACUAUCAUCAUCAUUGGCAAGAUGUCUUGGUAGGAUCUGUCCUGGGCUUGUCCGUGUCUAUGUUCUGUUAUCGUCAGUAUUACAAUCCGCUCACAUCCGAAUUAUCCGGGAUACCUUAUAUAGUCACAAAAUCCAAUACAAAAUACUUCAACGGCAAACCAGAAAGUCCUAUGAAAGACGCCAAAGAAGAAUCGACGCCAUUACUGAAUGGCGCCAAAAAGGAAGACAAAUGGAUUUAGGUUUUUUUUUUCGUAUAAAGCUUUGAGGCACCAGUUUGAAUCAUUAUGCCAGUAUGAUUUUGAUACAGUUUUUAUGUAAAUUAUAUUAUGAGAAAUUUAUAUUUUAUUAAUAUAUCGUUUAUUAAUAACUUAUUUUGAAAAGUUUUCGUUUAGAAAUCUUUUUGUUUUAUACAUUUGUGUGUUUUGUAAUGAAUUUAUAUAUUUUUUUUUAUUUGGAUCAAUCAAUCUAGAUUUGUAAAAUCUAAACAGCUAGUGAGUACAUAUUAUGUUGUAAUAGUAAUUUAAUUACUUUGUUUUUUAGUUUUUAAUUUUUUUUUUAUUUUUUAUUAAACGGACUGUAUACUUAUUUUUUGACAUUCCAAAUGUCUAUUUUGACCCUUUUUUUAAUGUUUUUUUCGUGUUGUGAUUAAACAUUCCCUUGUUGUGAUAUAUCUGUUACCAAUUACGAAUUUUUUAUGCAUUUAAAUUAUUUCUAUGAAUUACAAAAAGCGACUUAGUCUUUUCUUUGUAUUUGGUAGAUUCUAGAAAAUUUUAGGCAUUAUAUUCUAGUAAAAAAGUUAUUAAAGAAAAGUCUUUUUAAAUUGAUAUUCGAUAUAAUCAUGAGAAAGAUAUCGUAGAAGUAGCCAAAAAAAAAACUUUGUGAAAAAAAAAUUUUUUUUCAUAAACUAAUAAAUAUUUUUGAAUUUUUA